AUGACGGACGCCGCUGCUGCCCCCAAGUACAAGAAGCGUGUCAUCCAAGAGAGCUCGUCCGAUGAGAGUGGCGAUGAGGAUGAUGUGCCUUUGGUACGUGCAUCGUUCCGCUUCGCUUGCCAUGCUCUGCCACCUUCGCCCUUUGUCGCUUGUCGCUUGUCGAGUCGUCGAGUCGUCGCUCGCCCGCCGCCGACCACUUGCGACUCUGGCACUCGGGCGCCAUCUCGACGUCGACGGUCGACACGAGCAGCCUUCGAGCACGACCGCGAUGAAUACAGUUAUCGUGAUGCUUGUCAGGGACCAGUUCCGCGAAUGUGCACCUCACCUGUACUCUGUCCGACCUGUCUGCCACCCUCGCUACUCUUGCCCGAGCUUGGGUGGCCAUCGCAACGCGUCAAUGUGACUGGAGAGCGUCGCCGCCCCAUCGCCUUUGGACACGGCGCACGACACGCCGAGUCCGGUUCGCUUUUUUGGCGCCCAAGUCCCGUCGUCGCCGGCACCGUUGCCGUCGAAUGCCCAGUCCACUCAACUCGGGACCCAUCUUCGGGUCCACACCUUGACGCUCCGUUACACGCAACUGUACUGUAUACUGAUGUUCUCGCUUCGCCCACCACGCCCUACCACCACCGCCACCAUCCCUCCCAUCAUUUUCACAGACCAAACGUCCCAGACCCGAACUUUCAUCCAACGGCCACCAUGCCGCCAUUGGCAACGGCUCCUCCGCACCCGCGGCCCCGGCACCCAUCGUCGAGAUGAAGGAUGGCACAAGGACGAGCGCAUCCGCUUCGACCGCGACCAUGAGUGACCUCUUGUUCGCCGCCGCCGCCGCUGCCAAUGCCGAUUCGUCGACGAACCAGGACAAGAAGAUUUCCAUCUUCACGACCGGCGAUUCGGACGACGACGACGGCGACGACGACGGCGACGACGACGACGAAGACGAAGACGAAGAUGACGCACCUCUCGCGUUCAAACAAAAGAAGCAGCCGACGACGACGACGACGACGACGAAAAAGAUCAACAACGGCUACCAGUCCGACUCGGACUCCGAUUCGGAUCAAGCCGCGCUCAAGACCCAGGUCAAGAAGCACGUCGCCAAAGAGGCCAUGGUCGCCAGGCAGGUCGAAAAGUUGUCCAAGCGCGUCGACAGGGAAGAAGCCGACGACGACGAUUCGUCCGAGGACGAAAAGCCUCUGGCCACCAAGGCAAAGGCCAAAGCCAAGCCGGCCACCACCAAGAAAGCCGCCGCACCCCGGGCUAGCUCGUCCAAGGCGAAAGCGUCCAAGCGCAAGAACGAUGCUUCGGACGACGAGGAGAAGGAUGACGAUGAGGAAGACUCCGACCAAGAACCGCUGUCGAAAAAGACCAAGAAAGCCCCUGCCAAGAAAGCGACAAAGUCCGUCCCGACAAGCAAGAAGGCGACGCCCGUUCAGAAGGGAUCCGCCGCGAGCAAGGUCGAUAAGAAGCCCAAGAAAGAGGAGUCGGUCACGCCUGCCAAGCUCGCCCUCAAUAAGGGCAAAGGCAAAGGCAAGGGCAAGCACGACGACGACGAAGACGUCAAGACUGAGAACGGCGACGGCGAGGAGGGGGCCUACAAGUGGUGGGAGGACCAGUCGAACGACGGUACGACCAAGUGGAAAACGCUCGAGCACAACGGUGUCAUGUUCCCGCCCGAAUACGAGCCCCACGGGGUCAAGAUGAAGUACGAGGGCAAACCCGUCGAUCUGCCACCAGAGGCCGAGGAGGUCGCGUCCUUUUUUGCUGCGAUCCUCGAGACCGACUACGUCAAGAACCCGGUCUUCGUCAAAAACUUCUUCGACAGCUGGCUCGGUGUGCUCAAAGCUUUUCCCCCCCGGGACGGAACCAAGAUCACCACGUUCGAAAAGUGUGAUUUUACGCCCAUCUUUGCCCACCUCGAGACGGAGAAGGCCAAGAAGAAGGAGAUGACGGCUACGCAGAAGAAGGAAGCCAAGGCGAUUCGAGAUAUUACGGAAGAACCGUACAAGACGUGCCUGCUCGACGGGCGCAAGGAGAAGGUCGGCAACUUCCGCAUCGAACCCCCUGCGUUGUUCCGUGGUCGUGGCGAGCACCCCAAGACGGGUUUGCUCAAGGUGAGCAACCUAUCGCGGCAUCACUCGGUAAAGGUGAGCAAGAGAACUAACCGAGUAUGUGCUUGUUUGAGCAGACCCGUGUCCGUCCCGAGCAAAUCACGAUCAACAUUGGCAAGGUUGCCAAGGUCCCCACGCCCCCCGCAGGCCACAACUGGAAGAGUGUCGUGCACGACGACACGGUCACAUGGCUUGCGACGUGGAAGGAAAACGUCAACGGCAAUGUCAAGUGAGUUUUUUCGAGUGUGUUGGUGCACUUCAUCUCGACUGGUUGCUAAUCUCCGACUUCCUCAUACCGUAGGUACGUCUUCCUCGCUGCCGGCUCAUCGUUGAAGGGUCAAUCCGAUUUGAAAAAGUUCGAAAAGGCCCGCGCGUUGAAGGACCACGUCGCCCGCAUCCGUCGCGACUACACCGCCGAUCUCAAGGACAAGGAGAUGGUCGUUCGCCAACGUGCGACAGCGAUCUACCUCAUCGAUCGCUUCGCGCUGCGUAACGGAAACGAGAAAGGCGAGGAUGAAGCGGACACGGUCGGGUGCUGCUCGCUGCGUUUCGAACAUGUCACCUUGACGCCGCCGACCAAGGUCACGUUCGACUUCCUCGGUAAGGAUUCGAUCCGCUACGUCAACGAGGUUGAGGUCGACGAGCAGGUCUUCAAGAACCUCAAAAUCUUCAAAAAGGAGCCCAAGACCAUUGGCGACUUGCUGUUCGACCGACUGAGUGUGAGUGCACUUGGACAUGAGCAAUACGUCCAUGUUGCGAUCAACUAAGUGCUUAUUUGAGCGUGCACAGACGAGUACCGUGAACAAGUACCUCAACUCGUACAUGGACGGUCUAACGGCCAAGGUCUUCCGUACCUACAACGCGUCGUACACGUUCCAAGAGCAGCUCAAGGACACCCCCGCUGACGGCUCGAUAGCGGACAAGAUCCUCGCUUACAACCGAGCGAACCGACUCGUCGCCGUGCUUUGCAACCAUCAAAGGAGUGUCAGCAAGGGGCAUGGCCAAAUGAUGGACAGGAUGACCGACAAGGUCCGUUGGUGCUUAACGAUGUAACCAUAUCGAUGUUCCGAGACUGAUUGCACCGUUGUUCUGCCGCAGAUACGCGCGCUCAAGUAUCAACGUAGAAAGCUGCGUUGCGCUUUACUCAACUCGCCUGAGAAGAAGAAAUACAAGUGAGUCAAGCUGGCGGUGGCAAUCCUCCUCACCCGCACAAACCAAAUUGACCAUCUGGUAUUUUGCCCAUCGACUAGACAAUACAAGGAGGACGAGUCGGACAUCGAAGACGACUGGAUCAUCUCGCACGAGGAGCAACUGGUCGUUCUUGAGCGCGAAAAGAUCAAGAAGCGAUUCGAGAAGGAUAACCUCAAGCGCGCCGAAGCCGACGAGAAGCCGCUGCCCGCUUCUGAGCUCAAGCAACGGCUCGAGGCCGCGGACGAGCUCGAGAAGACGCUCAAGGCGGAGCGCAAGAAGGGGUGGAAGGAGACCAGGUACAGCGACGAAAAGUUGAUCGCGCAGAUUGAGAAGAUGGACGAGAGAAUCUUGGUCGCCAAGACCGCGGCGACGGAUCGUGAUGAGGGCAAGGAGGUUUCGCUCGGAACGUCUAAGAUCAAUUAUAUCGACAGUCGUAUCACGUGAGUCACUUCGAUGUCUUGAAUGGGUCGCUUGCGACUUCUGACGAAAGUGAUGUUGCUCGCUUUGUAGGAUUGCGUGGUGCAAGAAACACGAUGUGCCGCUCAACAAGGUCUUCUCCAAGACGCUCGUCGACAAGUUCACCUGGGCGCUCGACACUCCGGCCGACUUUGUGUGGUAG